GGGGAGUGCUGCUGAGACAGACGGAGAGGCGCAGUGGAACACAUGCAGUAGGUUCUCCAGCCUGCUUUUCUACUAUUUACGCUGAAACUAGCUUUAGCGUAGCUCUUCUUUUCUCCAUCUUCAGCCUUCUGUGGAUUUAAUCUCCUCGCGCCACGCACCGCUGCGUUCCUCCAGCAUGAGAGCGCUGCUUGGAAUAUUCAGUCGGGUCUCGCGCUAGAAAAAGACCCAAACACUGAAUUGACUGCCCACAGCGCUGGUGAUAGUAGUGACUGCAGAUUUAACACCUCACAACCCCGAAAGGCACAUCUUUGCUACAUAGAGUGAAAACAAAUCAGGCAUUUCUGGAACUUUGUGUCUUUAAUAUGGCUCUGAACACCGAUGCCAAUGCACCUACUGCUGCCCCAAGUGUUGGCGAGGAGGAAGAACAGCAACAGACAGAACAAGAAACCAAUCCACAACCAAAUGGCGAUCUUGGCCAUUCCCCCAUCUCCUCUCAGCCAGUGAAGACUGAGCAAAUUCCACCCCCUGCCUCGGAGUCCACCCCCGCCCCAGAAGGCCCCACCCUGUUGGACUCCCUGCCCAGAGAACACCUGACCGUCAUUGAUGAAAAGAUGGAAACAAGUAAUGGAGUCUGCCCCGUUGCUGUGGACACCUCUCCUCCUACCUCUUCUCGUUCAUCUCCCCCUCGUCAGCAGCAUGCUAAGCAGAGUCAUGCUCACGCUAAUGGCCAUGCUCGACUGGGCAGCCGCUCGGGGUCAAUGAGCUACGCUGGGUCACCUCGCCCGUCACUCUCUCGUCAGCCCAGCGCCGCCACCGAGGGGGCAGGAGACGGCCCCAAGCCCAACGAUUACCUUGUUUUGGCUAUACUCGCCUGCUUCUGCCCUGUCUGGCCCAUUAACAUCGUUGGCCUGACCUUCUCCGUUAUGUCUCGGUACAGUCUGCAGCAAGGGAACAUGGAUGGGGCGCGACGUCUAGGCCGCAACGCAAAGAUAUUGUCAAUCGUCUCAAUCAUAGGUGGAGUUCUUCUCAUCACCGCCACCAUCAUCAUUAACUGGGGAUUUAUAUUAAAGUCCUGAGGGUUGCCAUGACAAUCAGGGCCGAGGAGGAAUUUCUGACCAACCAACCAAUCCAUGAUGACCAUCAUCCUCUCUCAUGCUGCAUUUCCAGAUCAUUCUGAAGCACCCCGAGCUUUUUGUUUUAAGUUAUUUUCUACUCUUUCUCAAGACUCUGAAGCUGAACAACCCCAUUUUCAUCUGUCGAAACAAAAUCACCAGACCUUCCCAGCCUUUUGAAUGUAGGUAUAAUGACUGAAGCCAAUGGAAUGGCAAUGUGCAUGUUUGUUUGUUUGUUUGUUUUUCAACAAAAGGACUUAUACUUCUUAAUGAUGUCAGCGAGGAGGCUUCCAGUAUGAUCUCAUUUCCUGUCUCAAGUCACUUGGGUGUGUGUGUGUGUGUGCGGAGAGAGAGGGAGAGAGAGAGAGAGAUGAAAAGGGAACAAAUGAGCUUUAAGGAGGCUUUUUAUUUGGAGAACAAAUGAAAGAUGAUCUGUUCCUCCCAAAGUUCAGUGGGUUCUGAAUAAUAGCAUUGCCUUCAUACAUAAAGAGAAUGGCACAGAUAAAAGGUUGAGAACAGCUGAUACGUCUCUAAUGCAGAUUAACAUGAGGAAAGGCAAGUACUGAUAGGUGGACUGGUGAAAGGGAAUGAACAGAUGACUUGAAAGCAGGUUUCUGCAGAAGUAAGGAUUUUUCUUUUGGGUAGGAGAGUAAAGGAGAACACAAUGAGAAUCUGAUGAGACGGACUAGCACAAUCUCCAGCCUGGGCUUUUCAUCUCUAUCAGACACAAUCACAGUCCCAAAGGAGCAAGACCAUGAAAGAGAGUAGCAGACACUCAUACAGCACCUCUCGCUAAAUCUAUCUAUCUAUCUAUCUAUCUAUCUAUCUAUCUAUCUAUC